UGUAAAUAAAUUUUUUUAUUUGAAAUGUGACUGUUUUUUAAUUUAAAAAAUUUUUAAGGUUAAACAUUUUUUUUUUUAAUUCAAGUGAAAAUUCGUUAAGAAAAAUGCCUAAGAAAAAAGGCGGGCGAAAUUCAGUCGCACCAGCAUUAGAAAAACAAUUAAACUUGUCUGCCGAACGAUCCGAAGAUAUUGUACGUGUUACUCGUAGUCAAAGUGGUGUUAGCAGAAGAAAUAGUUCGUCAAACGUGUUUGAAGAAUAUAAUACAAAUCGACCAUCUUCAUCAGGAUCUCAAAAAUCAAAUAGUGCAAUUUCAAAAAAAUCAAAUAAAUAUAGAACAAUGUCAUCAGCGGGUGGGCAUAAAGGGCACCACCAUGGAGGAGGCAGUGGAGGUGGUGGCAACAUGAUGAAUAAUAUGAGUGGAUCUGGAGGUGCUGGAUUAAAACAAAUUGAUUUGGAUGAAAUUUGGGGUGAUUUAAAAGAUGGCAUUGAAACAGUUUAUAUUUUACAAUCAAUGUCAAAAUCUAGAUAUAUGCAAUUGUAUACUCACGUAUAUAAUUAUUGUACAUCGGUUCAUCAACAAGUUGUAAAUCGAUCGGUAUGUCAUAGCAAUAGUUCAAUAAGUAAUUCAUCAAAAACCGGAAGCAAAAAUAAAGCGCAAGUAACUGGCGGUGCUCAACUUGUUGGAUUAGAAUUAUACAAAAGACUAAGAGAUUUUAUAAGAAAUUAUUUAAUAGAUUUACUUAAAGACGGUAUCGAUUUAAUGGAUGAAACAGUUUUACAAUUUUAUACAAGACAAUGGGAAGGUUAUCAAUUUAGUAGCAAAGUAUUACAUGGUAUAUGUGCAUAUUUAAAUCGUCAUUGGGUACGAAGAGAGUGUGAAGAAGGACGUAAAGGGAUUUAUGAAGUAUAUCAAUUAGCUCUUGUUACAUGGCGUGAUAAUUUGUUUAAACAUUUAAAUAAGCAGGUUACAAAUGCCGUUUUAAAAUUAAUAGAACGUGAACGAUCUGGUGAACCAAUCAACACACGUCUAGUAUCAGGUGUAAUAAACUGUUACGUCGAAUUAGGUUUAAACGAAGAUGAUUCAGGACCAGGACCAGCCCGUGGACCAAAUCUAGUUGUGUAUAAAGAUUCAUUUGAGAAUGUAUUCUUAGAAGAUACAGAACGUUUUUAUACACGUGAAAGUACAGAAUUCUUACGACAGAAUCCAGUUACUGAAUAUAUGAAAAAAGCUGAACAACGUUUACUCGAAGAAUCAAAACGUGUUCAAGUUUAUUUACAUGAGACAACGCUAGAACGUUUAGCGAAAACAUGUGAACGUGUUUUAAUUGAAAAACAUUUAGAAAUGUUCCAUUCAGAAUUUCAACAUUUGUUGGACACAGAUAAACAUGAUGAUUUAGGACGAAUGUAUCAAUUGGCUGCACGGAUACCAGAUGGUCUUGGUGAAUUACGUACAUUAUUAGAAUCUCAUAUUGCUUAUCAAGGUUUAGCUGCUAUUGAUAAAUGUGGCGAUAGUGCUGCUAAUGAUCCAAAAAUCUAUGUGAACACAAUAUUGGAAGUUCAUAAAAAAUAUAAUGCAUUAGUAUUAACGGCAUUUAAUAACGAUAGUGGUUUUGUAGCGGCGUUGGAUAAAGCAUGUGGACGUUUUAUAAAUAAUAAUACUGUUACAAGAGUGGCGAAUUCGUCUAGUAAGAGUCCCGAAUUAUUAGCCAAAUAUUGUGAUUUAUUAUUGAAAAAAUCUAGUAAAAACCCUGAAGAAGCUGAAUUAGAAGAUACGUUAAAUCAAGUGAUGGUUGUUUUUAAAUAUAUCGAAGACAAAGAUGUCUUCCAGAAAUUCUAUAGUAAAAUGUUAGCGAAACGGCUAGUUCAACAUAUGUCGGCUAGUGAUGAUGCCGAAGCUUCAAUGAUCUCAAAAUUAAAACAAGCUUGUGGUUUUGAAUAUACAUCUAAAUUACAACGAAUGUUUCAGGAUAUUGGUGUAUCGAAGGAUCUCAAUGAACAAUUUAGAAAACAUUUAGUAAAUUCAAAUGAACUUUUAGAUAUAGAUUUUAGUAUUCAAGUUUUAUCAUCUGGUUCAUGGCCAUUCCAACAAUCAUUUGCAUUUUCUUUACCAUCAGAGUUGGAACGAAGUGUUCAUAGAUUUGGAACAUUUUAUUCAUCACAACACUCAGGUCGAAAAUUAAAUUGGCUUUAUAAUAUGAGUAAAGGCGAACUUUUAACAAAUUGUUUUAAAAACAGAUAUACAUUACAAGCGAGUACGUAUCAGAUGGCAGUUUUAUUACAAUUUAAUGUAUCAACUAGUUGGACAGUAGCACAAUUACAAGAAAAUACACAAAUCAAAGCAGAUUUUCUUUCACAAGUUUUACAAAUAUUACUUAAAGCAAAAUUAUUGACCACGCCACCGACUGCUAACGAUACAGACGAACAAGAAUUAGAAAAAAAUUCGGUGAUAUCACUUUAUACAUCUUAUAAAAAUAAAAAAUUACGAGUAAAUAUUAAUAUACCAAUGAAGACUGAAUUGAAAUUAGAACAAGAGACAACACAUAAACAUAUUGAAGAGGAUCGUAAGUUAUUAAUACAGGCCGCUAUUGUACGUAUUAUGAAAAUGAGAAAAAUGAUUAAACAUCAGCAACUUGUUGCUGAAGUACUCAAUCAAUUAUCACCACGUUUUAAACCACGUGUUCAUGUUAUUAAAAAAUGUAUAGACAUACUAAUCGAAAAAGAAUAUUUAGAACGAACAGAAGGACAAAAAGAUACAUAUAGUUAUUUGGCAUGAUUAAAAAUGUAAAGCGACGCUAAAUUGACCGUCCAUAAAAAUAUUUAAAUUAAAUAAAAACUAAAAAUAAUUUUUGUUUGUCUCGAUCGAUAAUUCAAUUCCCCCCCGAUUUACAUACAUACACCAAAAAACAUAAUUUUAUCUUUUCACUCAAAACACUUAAUUAAAUU